GCGGCUGGAGAAUCAACUUGGGCAGAGAAAGGGGGAAGGCGGCGCAGCAGCGGACCAGCCAGCCAGCCAGCCAGCCAGCAACCGGGUUCACCCCGACUAUGGCAGGCGAGCUGGAGGCUCCCGAGGCCGGCGGAGGUUGAAGCGCGGAGCCGGGGCUCGGCCAGCAGCAACAGCAGCAGCAGGAGGGGCGAGGCUCCCCCCUCCAGCCCAGCAUCGGCAUGGCUCGCUGGAUCCCCACCAAGCGGGAGAAAUAUGGCGUGGCCAUCUACAAUUACAAAGCAGUCCAGGAUGUGGAGCUCUCUUUACAGGUUGGAGAUACUGUUCACAUCCUGGAGAUGUAUGAAGACUGGUACAGAGGCUACAGUCUUCGAAAUAAAUCCAAAAAGGGUAUCUUCCCAUCAACCUACAUUCAUCUCAAGGAGGCAACGGUGCAAGAUGGUGGACAAAAUGAGACAGUAAUUCCUAGUGAAGUUCCAUUGGUCCAAGAACUCACCUCUACUUUGCGAGAAUGGGUAGUGAUCUGGCAUAGGCUGUAUGUGGAGAACAAAAGCUCCCUCUUUCGCACUGUACAACAGAUGACCUACAGUCUGAUUGAAUGGCGAUCCCAGAUCCUAUCAGGCACUCUCCCCAAGGAUGAGUUGGCUGAACUCAAGAAGAAAGUCACGGCCAAAAUCGAUUAUGGCAACAGGAUUUUGGGACUGGACCUGGUGGUGCGUGAUGAUAAUGGGAACAUACUGGAUCCAGAUGUUACCAGCAUGAUUUCCCUCUUUAAAGCACAUGAGACAGCAUCCAAAAGAAUUGAGGACAGGAUCCAAGAAGAAAAGUCUCUUCAACAGAAUGUAGACCGACGAGGACAGUCUAUCUUUAAUAAUACCCACACUUACAGCCUGUACAUCAAUUUCAAGAAUUUUGUCUGCAAUAUUGGUGAGGAUGCAGAGCUGCUUAUGAGCCUUUAUGAUCCAGACCAAUCCAAGUUUAUUAGUGAAAACUACCUGGUUCGCUGGGGAAGCAAUGGAAUGCCGAAGGAAAUUGAAAAGCUUAACAAUCUUCAAGCUGUCUUUACGGAUCUCAGCAGUUCUGACUUGAUCCGGCCUCGGGUCAGCCUAGUGUGUCAAAUAGUACGAGUUGGCCACAUGGAGUUGAAAGAAGGCAAGAAGCAUACUUGUGGCCUCCGGAGACCUUUUGGAGUAGCAGUGAUGGACGUUACAGACAUCAUUCAUGGGAAAGUGGACGAUGAAGAGAAGCAGCAUUUUGUUCCCUUUCAGCAGAUUGCCAUGGAAACAUACAUCAGGCAGCGGCAGUUAAUCAUGGCACCGUUAAUAACGUCUCACGUGAUUGGAGAGAAUGAGCCCCUCACGUUGGUCUUCAACAAAGUUAUUGCGGCCAAGGAAGUGAAUCAUAAAGGACAAGGCCUCUGGGUUUCUCUGAAACUGCUGCCUGGUGAUUUAGCUCAGGUUCAGAAGGAUUUUUCUCAUCUCAUUGACAGAUCAACAGCUAUUGCCCGCAAAAUGGGAUUCCCAGAGAUUAUAUUGCCUGGUGAAGUUCGGAAUGAUAUCUACGUCACGCUGAUGCACGGAGAGUUCGACAAAGGGAAGAAGAAGACACCUAAAAAUGUUGAGGUUACCAUGUCAGUUCAUGAUGAAGAUGGAAACAUUUUAGAGAAAGCUAUCCAUCCGGGUGCUGGCUAUGAAGGUAUUUCAGAAUACAAAUCAGUCGUCUACUAUCAAGUCAAGCAACCUUGCUGGUAUGAAACUGUAAAGGUCUCCAUAGAAAUAAAAGAGGUUGGCCGCUACCAUUUAAGAUUUACUUUCCGUCACCGUUCAUCACAGGAAUCAAGAGAUAAAUCCGAACGAGCUUUUGGGAUGUCCUUUCUGAAGCUGAUGAAUGUAGAUGGUACCACUCUGCAGGAUGGCAGGCAUAAUUUAGUAGUCUACAAGGGUGAGAACAAAAAAAUGGAAGAUGCUAAGUGUUACUUGACGCUUCCCAGCACCAAGUUGGAAGUGGAAGACAGAGAUGGAGUUGCAUCCAAGCAACACACGGCCAAUUUUACUCUGAAUAAAGACAGCACCAAGGACAGCUUUCAGAUUGCAACACUCAUCUGCUCGACAAAACUAACACAGAAUGUUGACUUGCUAGGAUUGUUGAAUUGGCGUUCAAACUCUCAGAAUAUAGGACACAACCUGAAGAAGCUGAUGGACGUGGAAGGAGGAGAAAUUGUUAAGUUUCUACAAGAUACACUUGAUGCACUUUUUAGUAUAAUGAUGGAGAUGUCUGACAAUGAAUCCUACGAUUUUCUUGUAUUUGAUGCAUUGGUAUUUAUUAUUUCCCUGAUUGGAGAUAUCAAGUUUCAGCAUUUUAAUCCUGUACUGGAGACCUACAUUUAUAAACACUUUAGUGCCACCUUGGCCUAUGUAAAACUCACCAAGGUUCUGAAUUUCUAUGUUGGAAAUGCAGAUGAUUCUACUAAGACAGAUUUGCUAUUUGCUGCUCUGAAAGCUUUGAAGUAUCUCUUCAGGUUCAUAGUACAAUCGAGAGUUCUUUACUUAGGAUUUUAUGGCAAAAGUGAAGAUGGGGAUGAGUUUAACAAUGCCAUUCGCAAGCUAUUCCUUUCCUUUAACGUCCUCAUGGAUCGACCACUUGAAGAAGCUGUCAAAAUCAAGGGUGCUGCCUUGAAGUAUUUGCCAAGCAUAAUUAAUGAUGUCAAACUAGUAUUUGAUCCAGUUGAACUCAGUGUCCUUUUUAGCAAAUUUAUUCAAAGCAUCCCUGAUAAUCAGCUUGUCCGUCAGAAGCUCAAUUGUAUGACCAAGAUUGUGGACAGUGACCUCUUCCGUCAGUCUGAAUGCCGUGACAUUCUUCUCCCCCUGCUGGUAGACCAGCUCAGUGGACAACUGGAUGAUAACUCUCACAAACCUGACCAUGAAGCCUGCUCACAGCUGCUUAGCAAUAUUCUUGAGGUACUCGAUCGGAAAGAGGUGGGUCCAACUGCGGAUCACAUACAGUUGAUCAUGGAACGGCUACUGAGGAGGAUAAACCGGACUGUGAUUGGAAUGGGAAGGCAGGCUACACACAUUGGAAGUUUUGUAUCCUGCAUGACAGCCACCUUGAGACAGAUGGAUGAUUCCCAUUAUAAUUACUACAUCAGCACUUUCAAAACCAGACAGGAUCUUAUUGAUUUUCUGAUGGAAACUUUCAUCAUGUUUAAAGAUUUGAUUUGGAAAAAUGUCUAUGCAAAUGACUGGAUGGUGAUGAACAUGAUGCAGAACAGGAUUUUCCUUCGAGCCAUCAAUCAGUAUGCCUCUGUGCUCAAUCGUUUCUUCUUGGAUCAAGCAAGCUUUGAGCUUCAGCUAUGGAAUAAUUACUUCCAUUUGGCAGUGGCCUUUCUUACUCAUGAAUCCCUUCAACUGGAGACUUUCUCCCAGGCUAAACGGAGCAAGAUAAUGAAGAAAUAUGGAGAUAUGAGGAAGGAAAUUGGCUUCCAGAUAAGGGACAUGUGGUACAACCUUGGACCUCAUAAGAUCAAGUUCAUCCCUUCUAUGGUGGGCCCCAUCCUGGAAGUGACCUUGACGCCAGAGUCUGAGCUGCGGAAAGCAACCAUCCCUAUCUUUUUCGACAUGAUGCAAUGCGAAUUCAACUUCAGUGGGGGCAGAAAUUUCCGUAUGUUUGAAAAUGAACUGAUCACUAAAUUAGAUCAAGAAGUGGAAGGAGGUCGGGGAGAUGAGCCAUACAAGAUCCUGCUGGAGAAACUCCUCUUGGAACACUGCCGGAAGCAUAAAUACCUGUCAAGCUCAGGCGAAGUCUUUGCCCUGUUGGUUAGCAGCCUGCUUGAGAACCUCUUGGAUUACCGAGCGAUUAUGCAUGAUGGGAGCAAGGAGAACCGCAUGAGUUGCACUGUCAACUUACUGAAUUUUUAUAAAGAAAAGAAAAGAGAGGAUAUCUACAUCAGGUACCUAUAUAAGCUCCGAGAUUUGCACACUGAUUCCGAGAGCUACACUGAGGCAGCUUACACACUCCUGCUUCAUGCAGAGUUACUUCAGUGGUCUGAUCAGCCAUGUGUUCAGCAUCUGCUUCAGAGGGACAGCUAUUAUGUCUAUUCACAACAGGAACUGAAGGAGAAGCUUUACCAAGAAAUCAUAGUCUUCUUCGACAGAGGCAAAAUGUGGGAGAAAGCCAUCCAGCUAAGCAAAGAAUUGGCUGACAUGUACGAGAACAAAGUCUUUGACUAUGAGAGCCUGGGCAAUCUCCUGAAAAAACGGGCCACCUUCUAUGAGAACAUCAUGAAAGCAAUGAGGCCUCAACCAGAAUAUUUUGCUGUUGGAUAUUUUGGCCAUGGAUUUCCUUCCUUCCUUCGGAACAAGAUGUUCAUCUACCGUGGAAAGGAAUAUGAAAGGAGGGAAGACUUCAUUGUGAAACUGCUCACCCAGUUUCCAAAUGCUGAGAAAAUGAGCAGCACCGCCCCACCAACAGAAGAUGUCAAAGCUUCUCUUAAGCAAUACAUACAGUGUUUCCUAGUUAAGCCUGUCAUGAACCUUCCUCCAAGCUACAAAGACAAGCCUGUUCCAGAGCAGAUUCUAAACUUUUAUAGAUCCAAUGAAGUGCAACAGUUCCAAUACUCCCGGCCUUUCAGAAAAGGAGAAAAAGAUCCCGAGAAUGAAUUUGCAACUAUGUGGAUAGAACGUACCACCUAUACAACCGCCUACUCUUUCCCUGGAAUCCUCAAAUGGUUUGAAGUCAAGCAAGUCACUAUGGAGGAAAUCAGCCCCUUGGAGAAUGCCAUUGAAACCAUGGAGCGGACAAAUGAGAAGAUCAGUAACUGCGUGCAACAACAUGCUUGGGACCGAACCCUUCCUGUCCAUCCUCUCUCCAUGCUCUUGAAUGGCAUUGUGGAUCCAGCAGUAAUGGGUGGUUAUACCAACUACGAGAAGGCCUUUUUCACUGAGAAAUAUGUUCAGGAACACUCUGAAGAUCAAGAAAAGAUUGAAUUACUCAAGCAACUAAUUGCCCUACAGAUGCCUUUGCUGGCUGAAGGGAUUAGAAUCCAUGGGAAGAAACUGACCGAGCAAUUGAAGCCUCUUCAUGACAGGCUAACCUCUUGCUUCAAGGAACUGAGAGAGAAAGUGGAGAAGCUCUACGGUGUGAUCACCCUGCCUUCCUCACUGACGGAGAGAAAGCAGAGCAGGUCCGGUUCAGUGGUUUUGCCAUACAUCAUGUCCUCCACAUUGAGAAGGCUGUCAGUUACUUCUGUCACUUCUUCAGUUGGAUCAACUUCAUCUACAUCAUCUGACAGCGUUUCCUCCAGACCAGGAUCUGAUGGAUCUAUUCUUGAGCCACUGGUGGAAAGGAGAAGUUCGGCAGCCUCUAGGAUGGAAGAGCAGCCUGCCAAAGAUGAUGCAGACAACCGGGCUAAUAAAUUCCGUCGGAAAGACUGGAGUCUCAGUAAAUCUCAGGUUAUUGCCGAGAAGGAGCCAGAAGCUGAGUUGGCUUUCAAAACGAACGCAGCAGGAAAAGCACCGAGGCCAAAGAGCCUGCAACUGGGAGAGAGCAAACUGACUCUGCAUCAGAACUCAUCACUUCACCAAGCUGGAGCACUCAGCCCACCACCAAUCACUCCCAAAACACCGAGAACUCAAAGUUUCCCUUCCUUGCAAGCAGAUGGAUUAACAACCGUUAACUUGCAGAAUUCUCCUCCCCCACCGCCGCCCAAAUGCAAGCCCUAUGAGAGUAACGGCUCCAGAAACUCCACAGAGGUGGCUCCACCUCUGCCUAUCAGGCGAGAACCCAAGCCUCCUCCUCCUCCUCCUAAAGCUAGGAAAUCUGGUGUCCUUUCUUUAGAGCCAGAUCUACAAUGAGGACUCUGCAUCAUCUUGUCUCUUUUCAUCUGGAACUGAACAUCUGGUGCUUUGUGGAUGUACAGUAUCUAGUUCUCCAGAACGUCUCAGCAUUGGCUUCUUCCUGCUGAACAGCUUCGCCCCUCCAUUCCUGCACAAAGUUUGGGGAUGUGAACAAAAAUCAGCUGCUAGAAAUUUUGGCAAAGCUGAUGUUUCCUGGCUUCUGAUUUCUCUAUUGACAUCCCAAGACGUAUCUUCUGAUCAUCUAUGGCGUAUCAGGGCUUCUGCAGGGCUAAAGAAACCACAUUCUGUCAUCCAUCAGUCCUUGUUCCACCAUGGAU